AUGGCGAACCCAUUAACGCCGGAGGAGAUAGCGUAUAUGUUGGCGCAUGAAGAUGACACGCUUGUGCCUAACAUAUACGCAUGCAGUAUUGCAACAGGAGUCGCAUCUGUUGUCGUUGUACUCAUCAGGAUCUGGGCACGACGUGUCGCCCACGGUCGAAUAGUAUUAAACACGAGUGACUGGCUACUCAUGGUAGCCUGGGUCUGUUUUAUCGCCGCCCUUGUCAGCUUUUCGCUAUCAGCAGUAUAUGGAUUGGGGAAACACAUCAUCUUCGUCACGGACGCGAGAAAUCUCCGGAUUUGGGGGAUCAUUCUCGAAGUCUUUUACUAUUUCGCUAUUGGCUUCAUAAAAUUCAGCAUCUUGAGUUUCUAUGGCGCAAUAUUUGCUUCCAGACGCUUUCAUAUCUAUAUAUGGAUGAUUGCAGCAUUCGUCGCCGCUUGGUUCAUCUCAUCAGCAGUUGUAUCGAUAUUUCAGUGCACGCCAAUCGAAUUUGCUUGGGACACGACUAUCCCAGGCGGAUUUUGUAUCAACUACGGCUUGCUGGUACUUAUUGCUGGCGUAAUCAACGUUAUAACCGACUUUGUCAUUCUUGCGCUACCUAUCCCUAUGAUCUUGCGACUCAAGGUCUCGAAGCAAAAAAGGACCCAGUUGGUUUUCAUAUUUGCCGCGGGUAGCAGUGCUUGCAUCGUCAGUAUUAUCAGGUUGGCGUAUAGUCUCGUCGUCAGCUCAACGUCGGAUGUUAGCUGGGACAACGUCCCUCCGGGGUUCGUAUCUGCUACUGAGCUCCUGGUUGGGAUUCUAGCAGCCUCGAUUCCAACGUAUGGACCUCUUUACCGGCGCUACAUUUCGGGCACUACGAUGAAAAGUUCCCAGCAAUCUGGUCGUAAUAGUAAAGGUCAUAUAUCAUCUCACCCCCAUAGUGCCAACAUAUCGGCCAAUAGAGCCGGUAUCAUCAGUGGCCCCGGGGUUCAUAUCACCGACGAGAUCGAGCUUACUCGACAUGAGCUUAGAAACGGGGAUUGGGUUCGGAUAGCGGAUUAA